GCCGCUGAAGCCCAGCACGCGCCACCGGCCCGCCCGCGCCCGCCGCUCCGCAGCCAGGGGCCGGCCGCCGUCCUCCCCCCAAGAUGUGGCACAGCGUCGGGCUGACCCUGCUGGUGUUCGUGGCCACGCUGCUGAUCGUGCUGCUGCUGAUGGUGUGCGGUUGGUAUUUUGUAUGGCACCUUUUUUUAUCGAAAUUCAAGUUUCUGCGGGAACUGGUGGGAGACACAGGAUCUCAGGAGGGAGAUCAUGAGCCGUCAGGCUCUGAAACCGAAGAAGACACUUCAUCAUCUUCAUACAGGAUCAGAUCUGCUCGGCAAAGGAGGGCACCUACUGAUGAAGGCCACUGACCCUAGCCCUAGUCCCAUACUAGUGAAUGACGAAAGGCAGUGGGGAGCCUCUGUCUUUAAUGACCUGGCUUUGCAGUUUGCUAAAAAAUCGAAGAACAUUUUUACUUGGAUGUUAAGUCCAAUUAAAAGAAAAAGAUUUAUAUGUAAGCCAUAUGAAAAUAAAGGGAAUUAAAACCAAAUCAGACCAUUGCAGAUUUCAUCUUAAAGAUAAUCUUUUGCUUCACUAGCUUUCUACUUACAUACUUAACUCUCUGGCUCCCAGGCUUAUUUUCUUGCACUGGUGUGAAUCUGGUAAACAUGACAGGCUUGAGAAAACCAUAUUUUGUUAAUUCUGUAAUGUAUGUUGUAUUUUUGUUUUUGUUUUCACAUUUUACCUUGUCCAGAAUUGGGAUGUGUCUCAUGAUUACUGUGAUGAACCAGGAGAGGGUCGUGAUGUAAUUAUCCCCAGCCUGUGCCGGUGGGAACUUAUUAAUGGCUUGUCACAGCUUCGUCACUGUAUUGUUGGUACCAAAUGUGUCAGGUGUAAUUGGCAUUUAAAGAUGUCUUCAAAAAGAUUGCACUAUGAUUCAGCAUUGAAACGAAAAGUGAUUGUGUAUGCAGAAAAGCAUGGAAACAGGGCAGCAGGGCGAACGUUCGGGAAUUAGUGAAGCAAAUAUCUGGCGCUGGAGGAGUGACCGCCAUUCCAUAUUUUCUUGUAAAGCAACAACAAAGUGCUUUACGGGGCCUAAGAAAGGAAGAUACCCACAGGUGGAUGAAGCUGUACUACGUUUUGUUAGCGAGAUGCAUGCGAAAGCGUUGCCCGUCAUGCGCCAAGCAAUGCGGUCAAAGGCAGGAGAAAUCGUCAAAACCCUGGGAAUAGAAGAAACAAAAUUCAAAGCAACCAGAGGCUGGUGUGACCGGUUCAUGCACCGAGCAGGGUUAUCUCUAAGGUGGCAGACCUCAUUUUGCUCAGAAUUUCGGCUGACAUUAAGCGGAAGAUGGUGGUGGAGCACUCUUUCAAGAAACACCGUAUCCCCAGUGCGCUUGAUGACCCCACGGGUGCUCUUACAUGGAUGAAAGCAGACAUCCAUGGCUGUGAUUUGAGAAGUGAUUCAGAAGAGCUGGACUCAGAAUAUGAGGUGAUAGUUAUAACCUAACCAGUUAACUUCAUACACUUUCUUUUGGGUAUGCACAAGAUUGAUGUGUUAAACAUCUGCUUCACUCUAAAAAACCGUUUCAAUAAAUAUAAACAUCCUACGCAGUAUGAAAGCAUUGUGUCAGUUUAAUGCCCGUGUUUUUUCUUAGUUAUAUAUAUGGUGCAUCUUACAAUUGAUAGUAUCUUAGAUAAAAAGUAGUUUGUAAAUUUAUUUUCCCUUGUAAGGUAGCAAUUAUUUAUUGGGGUACUUAAUCCUGUCUCUUAUAAUGCUGUUAAAAUAGUUAUCUUCGGGAUGCCUGGGUGGCUCAGUCGGUUAAGCGGCUGCCUUCGGCUCAGGUCAUGA